AUGGUUUGCGGCCAAAUCUGGGUGAUUCAUCGUGAUUCCGAUCUUAUAAUGGACCAUCUUACGCCCGCUUCCCUCAAUUUGCCCUUCUCCAAACCAAAUUCGCCUUGGGAUUUCAUUGGCAUGCCGCUUCAUAAGGGCUUGCAAGAGGAUUAUAAGAUUCGGGAUAUGAAUAGAGUGGCUUUGCUCGAGAAGGAUUAUUGCUCGAGCUUCUUCUGUUGCGAUAUCAGGCUAUCAGGCUUCCAUGAGCUACUAGAACAUAUUGAAGACGCCCAUUUCGUCCUCACAAAAGACAAGAACGGAAAGAAACGGUACUUGUACCAGCCUAUCGGUGUUUCAAACGUUGGACGGUUACUCUCACCACUCCAGCACCAGCACCCGUACCAACGGCAUCGGGAGAGCUGCUGCUCACCGUUCGAUGCUGACCACGAGUUUGAGGAGGAAUUCGAGUUCGCUGACAAUGGUUACACGGACCCGUUUACAUUUUGUGGAUAUCAUGAGGACGAGUCCCAGCCUUCAUCACCUUCACCGUCACCUUCACCUACGAUUUCGUCUGCAUCCCUCUCAUCGUCAUCAGUGUCUUCUCCUAUGACGUCCCCCUCAUCUUUAUCGCUGCCGACAUGGGCGCCUGCACCACUCGCCUCACCUCCGCCGCGUGUUCCCAAAGCAACCGCUGUUGCGCCCAAUUUACACGUUCCACCUACAUCACCGGCUCGAUCGAAUUCUUCCGUACCCCUCAUAGCGCCUAUACCAUUAACACCGAAUCAUUAUGAUCUCUUAAGACAUGGGAGACGCCACUACGAGUCGAAGAGAGCAUGUUCUUCACCAUCCAGAGCACGGAUUAAACAGAUCUCAAGCCCUCAUCAUACAACAUCAACAAUUAUUGCUGCUGCUGCUGGUACGGGAUCCCGAAAGCGAGGACCAAGCUCAGGCGAUAGGGAGAAAAUGUAUCAAUGUCCUACCACUGGAUGUACGAAAGCCUACCUGAACCCUAAUGGACUCAAGUAUCACUGUGAAAAGGGGAAAUGCAAUUUUGACUCUUGA